GUAAUCAUUGGCAAAAAAAAAAGGUUAAACCAACAUUGUUUAAGCCUGUCCAGGCUUAUCAGCCAUGUGGUGCUACAGGUGCUACCAGUUUCUAUUUGACUAAAAUAACUUGGCUAAUCUGUCACGGUUAGCGGGUGGCAGGCAGGACCCAAUCGCAGACAGUUCAGGUAAAAGGAUAAUUAACUCAAAAGGCAAGGAACACGGGUGACGCGGGAACACCGGGAACAAAGAUGGAUCACUUGGGGUUCAAACCCCUGUCCAGGGUGGCCGUCUGCGGUGGCACCCAUGGAAAUGAGAUGAGUGGGGUGUACCUCUUGAAGGAGCUGCAGGUGUCCCAGCCGGAGAGGGUCAGGUCGUUCUCGCUGAGCACCCUGCUGGUGAACCCGCGGGCCGUGGACGCGUGCAGGAGAUACACAGAGAAGGACAUGAACCGCUGCUUCACCGACGCCCUGCUCAGUGCCCCGACAACGGCGACCACCCCGUACGAGGUGACGCGGGCCCAGGAGGUGAACGGCCAGCUUGGGCCGAAGGGCAGCGAGAAGGCCGUAGAUCUGAUCUGUGAUCUGCACAACACCACCGCCAACAUGGGCCUCUGCAUCAUAACUCACGUCUCCGAUUGGCUAGGCCUGCACCUCUUCAAGUACUUGCAGGAGAAAAUAACAUCAGCCCCCGUGAGGUUAAUUCUAUUAAAGAGCCCCUUCUCAGAGGUGUACUCCUUGGAAUCCGUGGGCAAACAUGGCUUCACGUUAGAGGUGGGACCCCAGCCUCAAGGGGUCCUACGGGCCGACAUCUACAACCUGAUGAGAGAGGGGGUGAACCGUGCCCUGGAGUGGGUUGAGAGUUUCAACUCUGGGACUGUGUUUGAAGGGGGCGAGGUUGAAGCAUACAUUGACGUGGAUACGAAAGACUAUCCCAGAGAUCCCAAGACCCAAGAGCUGACUGCUGCCAUCCAUCCCCAACUACAGGACAACGACUUCUGCCUGCUGAAGCCCGGAGACCCGGCGUUCGUGUCCCUCUCUGGCGAGACCAUCUGCUACGAGGGAGAAGCGCUGUACCCUUUCUUCGUGAACGAAGGAGCCUACUAUGAGCAGAACACAGCCUUCAAGCUGGCGCAGAGGGAGACCCUGCUCUUACCGGCCGUCAGUGUGAAGAAGCCACAAUAACAGAGAACUUUAAAACCACAACUGAUUGAGGAGGACACUAUUCAUCUAUAUAAUCAUAUAUAUAUAUACAUAUAUAAUAGAUUUGAAUAAUCAUAGAUUUUUAUAACAAUAUGUCUUAAUUAUAAUGAGAAUUAAAAUAAGGUUUAUUUAGGAGAGAAACUCGCUGAAGCGAGGGCCAAUGUGUUCAGUAAUCUCUAAACUACUAGAACCCCAAGGAGUGGCUCCUCUUCCACGGAGCCCAACAUGUUGCACCGCCUUGUUUCUACAGAAGCCAACAGCGGAUCAAGAGAGAACCGUCUGUUCUUUUCUACUGUUUAUCUAAAUACAGCAUAUACAGGUAUCUACGGACCUCUACUGCUUAGUAUCUCCACUAUAUAUCUGUAUAGAUAUACAGAUAUAUAGAUGGAUAGAUUAGCAACCUUAAUGCUAGAUGCCACUCAAUCCUAGACACUGCACCUUUUAAAGAGAUGUUUUAAGAAACAAUAUUGCUCAUUGUCAAAAGUUUUCACACAAUGAAUUGUAUUCUUUAACUUCUUUAUUUUUUAAAUUUGUUAUAAAUGAACUAUUUCUGAAGAGAAACAACAGAGCACCAUUGGUCUUUCUGCUACAUUAGAUUGAGUCAAGCAAGUCAACAAUAGGGGUUGGUUUACACAGCUGCAAGCAAGUAGGAUUUGGCCAGAUAUAGGGUUCACUAAAGGGACCUUAUGCACAACCGAAAUUAUUGCAAAAUGCAAUAAUCGUGUGAUACAAUAACGUCCCCAUUUGAUUCCAUGGGAUUGGAACUCCUACCUUCAUUUAUUACACCUUUGUUGUAUCCUCCACAAAAUACUGUGUAAGAAAAGGACCAACACAGACCCUUUCACGCAAAGCUUAUAAAGGAAAGUAAUAAAACAGUGAAAGUGAAUAGAAUAACUACAAAGAAAGUGACAUUAAAGUACCCUGUACAAAGGAAUAAAUAGUAUGGUCAAAUCAGA